AUGACAGCUUACAACUUCAUGCCAUGUCUAAUUUUAUUUUUUGUCCAACUAAUUACCUCUUGUGUUGUAGGAGGAAAAGUUCCAGCAAUUAUCGUAUUUGGCGAUUCGACGGUAGAUACUGGGAAUAAUAAUCAAAUUUUAACUGUUCUUAGGAGCAAUUUUCCACCUUAUGGACGUGAUUAUUAUGAUAAAAAGGCAACAGGAAGGUUUUGUAAUGGACGUAUUCCACCAGAUUUUAUAUCUGAGGCUUUUGGUUUGAGACCAUUUGUGCCUGCUUAUUUAGAUCCAAUGUAUAAUAUAACUGAUUUUGCUGUUGGAGUUUGUUUUGCUUCUGCUGGUACUGGUUAUGAUAGUGCCACUUCUCAUGUUCUAAAUGUGAUGCCAUUAUGGAAGGAAAUAGAGAACUACAAGGAGUAUCAAAAGAAACUAGAAGCAUAUGUAGGGAUCCAAAAAUCAAAAUAUAUAAUACAAGAAGCACUUUAUAUUGUAAGCAUGGGAACAAAUGAUUUCUUGGAGAAUUACUUUGCAAUGCAAAGUGUACGUGCAUUUCAAUACACAACAGAACAAUAUAGAGGGUUUAUUAUUGGACAUGUUGAGAAUUUUAUUAAAGAAAUUUAUCAACUUGGAGCUAGGAAAAUAUCAUUAACUGGACUUCCUCCAAUGGGUUGUUUACCUUUAGAAAGAGCAGCAAAUAUGUUAAGAGGACAAGGUGAUACAUGCAGUAACAACUAUAAUGAUUGUGCUUUGAAGUUUAAUGAGAUGUUGAGUGCUUUGAUUCAAAAGUUAAAUAAGGAGCUUCCUGGGAUUAGAAUAGCUUUUGCUAAUCCUUAUGGUAUCAUACUUCAAAUGGUCCAAAAUCCUGCCUCAUUUGGUAAGUUUUCUUCUUUCAAUUACCUUAUUUGUUAA